GCCAUUUUUGAGCUGGCAGGGCUUAGACUCGCGCUAGUUUCUAAUCCAUUGCAUCUGCCUAAAUGUGCUCUCAAUAUACUUUUAAACAUACAAAUAUCGGCAAAUAAGAUCAUAAUCUACUCUUUCAUAUCAAUAUUUUUUAUUUUGUCGCGGUGGAUUAGCUGAAAAGGAGCUUUAAACUAAAGGGACAAAGGGUACCCGAGCCCACAAAGAUGAGAAGAGGGAUCUCAUCAGCCCCGGAUAAAGUAAUAAUAGCAGGUGUUGGAGGCUCUUCUCUAGACAAAAAUGCGAUAUUGACAGCAUUGUCCGACCGGUUAACCCCUCAUUUUACAACUGCCACUUAUAUUCAAAUUAUAACUCCACCGCCUUGCAUUACACAGACUUCAAAUGUCUGUUUGUCCGAACCUCCAGCUGGCAGUAUAUAUUCCACUCCAAACGGAGCAACAAACGGAGCCGGACAACGACCUACGUUAGGACGUCCACCGGCCAAGCGGAGGUUGGCGUUGGAUGAGUCGGACCACCAGUACCCCAUCGAAGGAGCCAGGACCCCCAGGGGAAAGGCUGGCGGAGCCUCCGGGCCAGGGCUCAAGUGCCCCAAAACACCAAAGUCACCGGCAGAGAAGACGCGCUACGACACGUCGUUGGGCCUGCUAACGAAGAAGUUUGUUGAGCUGCUGGGCCAGUCGUCUGAUGGCGUAAUCGACCUCAACCAGGCUGCCGAGGUCCUCAAGGUGCAGAAGAGACGCCUCUAUGACAUCACCAACGUACUGGAGGGGGUGCAUCUCAUCAAGAAGAAGUCCAAAAAUAACAUCCAGUGGAUGGGCUGUAACCUGUCAGAGGAUGGGGUUACAUUGACCAGCAACCAGACCCUGAGCAGUGAGCUGUCUGACCUGGGUCAGGAGGAGAGGAGGCUGGAUGAGCUGAUCCAGAGCUGUACACUGGACGUCCAACAGAUGACAGAGGCCUCGCACAGCCAGAAGUUUGCAUACGUGACGUACCAAGACAUCCGUCAGCUGCGCAACUUGAAAGACCAGACGGUGAUCGUGGUGAAAGCUCCCUCUGAGACGAAGCUGGAGGUGCCAGACCCACAGGAGAGCCUGUCUGUCCACCUCACCAGCACCAAGGGGCCUAUCGAAGUGUUCCUCUGUCCGGAGGAGAACACCACCAGUAGUCCUGUAAAGAAUGGCAGCCCAGAUGUCAAAGGAAACUCCUCACCUUUCCUCAAAGUGUCAGCAGAGAGUGCAACAGGCAGCAGCAGUAACAACCAUGUCGCUCCAGCUCCCUCUGUGGUGACGGUUACCAACCUCUCCCCCAUCACCUCCCCUUUCACCAGCCUGCUGCUGCAGACGGAGGACCAGAUCCCCCCCUCCCUGUCUGGGCUCCUGGAGGGCCACGGGGCAGGGCCCUUCGUCAACCUGUCCCCCCCUCUCCUCAACGAGGACUACAUGCUGAGCUUAGGGGACGAUGAGGGAAUCAGCGAUCUGUUCGACGCAUACGACUUUGACAAGCUGCCCCUGGAAGACCUACUGUGUCCCUCUAUGUAGGAGGGAGGGGUGGAGGACAGGGGGACAUGUCUUGUGUCCCUUGUUACUGAAUGGAGGACAUAGGGGAUACUUGUCUCUCCUGUGUGUUCACAUGUACCAGGAGAGACAGGGGAAAUGUUGUCUUCAUAUGUAACUGUCAUGGAGGACCAGAGAGAGAUCAGCCCGUAGAGAGAGACUGGCACCCCUAUCCCUCUGUUUAAAGAGGGUUAGGUACAUGGGGCUGGCUGGGUGAAAGAUCUCGCCCUGUCUGUGUGCCUGCCUGUUUGUCAUGGCAGUACACUGAGCUAGCUGGGUGAAAGAUCCCCCCCGUCUCCUCUCCAUGUGCCUACCUGUUUGUCGAGGCAUUGUACAGACUGCCUUAAAACUGGGUCGUGUUCAGUAGGAACAAAAUUGAUAGUGAUUGAAACGGGGAGGUUCCAUCUACAUUAGGCUAGGUUUCAUUUUCAGUUGCAAAAGAUUUUGCUAUGCUGUGCCCUAAUGAAAGCGACCCUGAACAGCUCUUCUCUCACUGCUCCGACCUUCUUGAUUACUGAGAGCUGCCUUAUCCAAACUGGCACUAGUAGAAACAUUUACAUUACAUUUUAGUCAUUUAGCAGACGCUCUUAUCCAGAGCAACUUACAGUUAGUGAGUGCAUACAUUUUCAUACUGAAACCCUCCAUAACUGUCUGUGUGUGUUUGACAGUUUCUCAUGCGUUCCUGUGGAUAUUUCUCUGCCAUGUCAGGUGGCCAGCUGACCCUAUGCUGAUCAACCAAUCUACGUUUGUGCUGAUGAGUUCUAUGCUUUUGUCAUCAUACAUAGAAUAUGGCAGUGAUGGUUUAACAGUGAUUUUGGCGCAAACCAUUGAGUUUGAAACUUUUAGGAAAUACUUUUGAGCCACACUCUUUGAUUGGGGAGAUACUGUGUCAUACAGUACAAGUUGACCCCUUAGUUUUGAUUGGGACUCGUGUCAAGUCAAGAUAUUGUUUCCCACUUAACUGAGAUUCAUAUUAACCUUGUCUAAUGACUGAACAACUUAUAUGGUUUUUGCUUAGGGCAAAUAAUGGUUUACAAUAAUCACCAAAUUCAACUCAACAAGUCAUGGUUUUAUUAGAACCCAAGUUGGCCUGUCAAUUUGAAUGGAUAUUUCAACGAACAACAAAGUUCAAAAGCAAGGUUAUUGCUCUGAAGGAAUACCUCCAACGUUAUCUUCGAAAGAGUCUGGCUCUGUGCUGAUUAGGCUUGGGCAAUAUACCGUAUACUGGGAGAUCUUGAAAUAUCGAUGGUAUGAUUUUCAAUAGUGUGCUGUAUAACUUUAAGUUGUCACAUUAUAUCCAGCUCAGGGCUCCAGCUAUGCAUGUGGCUUGCUAGCUAAGUUGUUAGACGUUAAGAACAAGAUUCUUGUUUACAGCAGAGACAUUCAAUCCCCUUCUGGAUUAAGAUCCCAGUUGCCAAAAUGGUUUUGUGCCUCAAACAGCGCCCCUUGUGUGCACAUUCGGUAAUACCGUAUACCCCUUACAGAUUUACCCUUUAAUCAGCAAGCAAAUGUAUUCUAGAUGCACUUUACUCCUGCCUACUGUGCUCAUCUGAAUAUUUGAACACAGCCAUCAACCCCCAUUUUCAAAUUAUCAUAACAACAGCAGCACACAUGCUCAUGGAAUGGAACAUUUUACUUUUUCUAAACUUGCUGUUGUGGGACUUGCCCCCAAUCUCCCUCAACUUAAAGGGAAAUGUGUUUUUGACUGACAUCGUUAUUUCUUUUUGUGUGGAGAGUAAAAUGAAUUAACUUUCCACCAAGCAGAACAAGGUUGGUUGAUUGAAUGCAGAAAGAACUCUAAAUGUGUUGUAUGUUAAUUUGGCUAGUGUGGGAAAUAGUUUAGAUAUCAUCGUAUCAUUUUUUUCAUGUCACAGUGAAGAAGACUGGAUAGUCUUAAGGUAACCCUAGAUAAGUGAAUGAUAUGCUUGUUGCCUUGCUGAAUGGAUGUUGGUAUAAGCUGGGGGUUGCUGCCCUGAAAUCUAGAAACCAUUUUUUAAAUGAAGGUACAAUUUUGAUAACUCACUAGGUACUGUAGACUACCUCUGACUCUAGAUACGUUUUAUUACUAUAUUAAUGGUUGCUAUUAGAUGUUUAUUUUGGGGGGUUUUAAAUUGACAUUUGUUAGUCAGCUAGGUGCCAUAUUAGCACAUAUCUGAUUCUAGAGCUGUUGUCAUGGUGACUGACUGUUUGGCUUACCUGUAUCUGAGUUCAGAGAUCUAGGAUGGUUUCAUGGUAACUUGAUGGUCAGGCAGACCCUUGUAUGUGUUAUGUUGAUAGAAUGAUUCAUAUAUAAAUCAAUAUUCUGAUGUCAGGGCUUGGUUUCCAUUAGUGUGUUUUGGGUUUAGCUAGUUAAUUUGUGCAUGUGUGUAAAUGGUUUUGCGUAGUGAGCGUGUUCCUCCUUGGUGAUAGUAAUGAAAUGGAACUCUUCAAAUUAUUAUGAGUUAAUGUAUCCAAGGUUGGGGGUCAAUUACAUUGGUGUUUCUCAUAGAAGCAUUGAGGAGAAUUGGAAUGUCAGUUUAUUUCUUGAAUUGACUGAACUGAAAUAGUAACGUAACAAUUGCCAUCGUUGAAUUAUCCCAUCUCUCCAUAUCUUUUGGGAUUACAAUUUUGCCAGUGUUAACCACAAAAGCUUAUUAUUAGAGAGGCUAUCAAGGUACUGGAAAAUGUACAAAGAAUCCCCCCAAGUGCACAGAACAUAUUGUCAAAAUCCUCCCCUUCUUGUUUUCUUUAAUUUCAUAUUUAUAUCCAUGUGAAUGUAUUUAUAAACUCAACUUGAAUUUUUUCUUAUACUAAUUAGAUUUUCAUUCUAUAUAAGAAUUUAUAGAAAAAGGAAUUCCCUGCAAUUUUAUAGCCUGGUUGAACCAGACUGAACGCUGCGUUGCAUUCACCACGCAGCAUUCAGUCGGGUUUAACCAGGCUAACAAUUUUCUCUUGUUUACCAGAAUCUGGUCACAAAUUCCUCUCCAAUGUUCAACAGUUGAAGUGAUUAGGAAAGUCCGUCUUUCCGUGUGUGGAGGAUGCUUAUUAUCCCACGAAUGGUACCCGUCCCAAAUGGCACCCUAUUUCCUAAUGUAGUGCACUACUUUUGACCAGAGCCGUAUGGGCUAGUACACUAUAUAGGAAAUAGGAUGCCAUUUGAGACGUAGAUUACACACUGCUUAUUAAAAGUUAUUUUUUUGAGUGCAUGAAAGAGUAUGUUAUGUGAAUAUCUGGAAAAUACAGGUUUAAUUUUCAGUUUUUUUAUUGUGACAUGGCUUUUUAAAACGUAUGUUUGAUUUGAAAGCUUUAUAUAAAUUGUGUGUGUGUGUAUAUAUAUAUAUAUAUAUGUGUAUAUAUAU